AUGAAAAAAAUUUUAAUAUUAUUAUCAAUAAUAGCAAUUUGUAAAUUUUAGGGCGAUGAUGAGGAAAAAAAUAAAUGCAAUUUAAUAAUAAAAGGCAUUUUUUAAGGUUUAACAUUAAGUUACUAAGUCAAUCAAUAAAAUAUUAUGGAGAAUUUGAAUUGUAAUGAUUUUUUGAAUGCCAUUUCUAUAUCUGUUUAAUUUUCAAAAAUUAAGUCUUAUGAUUCUUUGUAAAUUGGAUGGGAUGAAUUGGGAAAUGCCUUUGAAGAGAUACAUAAAUCAAUUAUAAAACAAUAGUAAUAAAGUUUAUCAAAUAAUUAGAUAAAUUUAAUCACAGGUAGGGAGAUUUAUAAAUAAUUUGAAAUUAAAAUUAAAAAAUAAAGUUACCUGUGAUAUAAAUAGCAUGACGGAGAAACUUUCUGAAUAUCUUUUAGAAUCUAAUUAUUUUAGUAAUUGAAUUAAUAAUUUAGGUGAAUAAUUUGAUGAUUGGAAAGAGGGUAGGUAUUUUUAAUAUGGAUAGAAAAUUGGUAAGAUGUUGCUGAAGAUUUAAUUACCUAUUGUUAAUUUAAAAGCUAUUUUUGAAGAUUUGGAAGUCGUCUUGGAAGUUUUUAGUGGUUUAUAAAAUGGUAUAAAAGAUUAGUCACAAAUUGAAAGUGAAUAAAUAGUUGAAUGUUUAGAGGGAGCUGAUCAAAUGAUUGUUUAUUUUGAUGAUUUUAUUUUUCAAACUUAACGAAAUUUUUAGGCGUUAUCCACCCAUUGUAUUAUCCAAGAAAUUGUACUUGCACUAAAUCAUUAUAUAAAUGCUUUAGAGAAAUGCUAAGAUUCAAUAUUAAAUGCCCCAAUUUUAAUCUAAAAUUUAAAAAAAUUUAAUGUUCUAAAAGAUUUCAAACCUGAGAACCUUUUAAAAUUAGAAAAGGCUAAAUAAUCAAUAAUUAAUUAAAAGGAGUAAUUUUUAGCUGUUUGUUGGAAAAUGGGAUAUUGGUUUGGAUUUGGCGAGUAAAUUAGCAUUUAUCUUCAAUUUUAUACUUAACUCUAAGAUUAGAAUGAAAAAAAUAUUGAAAAUGACCAAAUUUGAAUAAUUAUUAAUAG